AUGUUAGUUAGCAGUUUGGGACACGGGUUACAUUUCAGAGGUUCCUCAUUUGUGUUCAGCACUGCAGCUCAGCAGAGAAGUACAGGAGACGAGUGUGGCCCAGAAGAUCCCCAUGAUGAGCCAAAGCAUCCCCUUUCUGAACGUGCUUUAGAGCACAAAGCCAUCAAAUUGGAAGAACAAGUCCGGGAUUUAACUGAGCGAUACCGGAAAGCUUUGGCAGAUUCUGAGAAUGUCCGGAGGAGAACACAGAAAUUUGUGGAAGAUGCCAAACUCUUUGGGAUCCAGAGUUUCUGCAGGGACCUUGUGGAGGUAGCAGAUAUCUUGGAGAAGACUGCUGAGAGUGCGGCAGGAGAAGCGGAGCCUAGUAAUCCAAAUCCGACCUUAAAGAAAAUCUACGAAGGCCUCUCUCUCAUAGAGGCCAAAUUGCAAAGUGUAUUUGCCAAACACGGCCUUCAGAAGAUGAACCCUGUCGGUGGCAAAUAUGAUCCAUACGACCAUGAAAUAGUCUGCCAUGUACCAGCUGAGGGAAUGCAGCCAGGCACAAUAGCACUGGUGACUCAGGAUGGCUAUAAACUCCACGGGCGCACUAUCAGACAUGCACUGGUCGGUGUGGCAGUAGAGUCACAGGAAUGAUAUGGGCUUACCCAUAGGCAUCUGGGACCUUAAUGAGCUGAGGACCCUUUGUCACUCAGCGACAACUGCAGCUGCAUGUUUUUAUUUAUUAACCUAGGUCUGUAUUGUAUGUUGGCUUCUUUACAAUGUGUGCAGUCAUUUUGCCAUUAAUUCUAAGGUACUUGUAUAUUUAAUGUUCCUUUUUGGAGUAUGUGGAGUAGUAGGAGUCCUGCUUUUUUGUCAUAAACGUGGCACUGUAGUCCCUUUCUCUGUUGCUGAUUUCAAGUCUCCAUUAAAACUUUUAUGGGGAAGAGGGGGGAUAUGAGAGAGAGAGAAAUCAUGGGAGAGCUAGGGAAUCUUGUCUCCUAACUCUUUCUCUUAGGCAGACUCCUCCUGUGGCCUUUAGGCAAGUAACUUUUCUGCCUCAGUUUCCCUAUCUAUAUUAAGGGGCUAUACUAAUACUUAUUGACCUACCUCACAGGGAUGUGGUGGGGCUUUUUCUUUGCAAGGCACUUAGGUGAGGAAAAGCUCAAAGUGCUAAGUAUUGUUAUCAGGCUGGUUUUGGUGUCUUCCCCUGUCCCCAGAUCCCUCAGGUGGGGACAAAGAUGAUCGCUUGAAAUGGUAUUUAGAGCCAAAUUUUAUUUCUCACUUUUCAGGAAAACAGUCCUGAAUUAAUGACAUCUCUGUUGUACUAUAGUUGAAUAGGGAUGAGGUUUUAAAGAGAAUUCAGUUGUCAUGGUCAUGUCAAACUUUAAUGUGUUCGUAUUUGUUCUGCAGGUAAAAUUGCGGCUUGCCUCCCUCUCUUGAAGGGUAAAAUAGGGAGCGGUCCUUGGUAGAGCCUGGAAAACUGUUCUCAAAUCUCUUUCUCCAAAGUAAAAUUAUAUUUUGGACGAGAGUAAUAGCUCUUUCUUGAUGAAUGUCCAUGCAGCCUCCAAGCAUGAUAAACUGUAUGCUCUUUGCUGCUGGCAGAAUGGAGAAUGCCCUUAAGUAGGAAAUCUGGACUCAUUUUGUUUUCUCAAGCUCUCCAAUAAUAGUACUCAAAUAACACUAACUUCCAGUUCACGUUCAGAUUCUACUUUUGCCUGGUUGUGGUAAGUAUUAAUUUUUUUUUGAAGGAAGGAGAAAAUUAUUUUCUAUUAAAUGUCUUAAGUGUCCUUGAACCGAUUUUAGUAACAGAGACAAGAAAGCAAAGAAAAGCAGAAGGCUGAGAAAGUGAAAGCUGACCUGAAGCCAUCCUCCUAGGUAGAGGCAUGUUGUUGUCCCAGUAUGGUAUAUGUAUUUCCCAGUGGUCCUGUUGCCUGGGAGUCCAUCCUCUAAACUGAAAGGAUUCAGUGUCACUGAGUAAAGUCAGAAUUUAACCCUUUGGAGGGCAGUGAGCAGUGCAGUGACAGAAGAAUUAAACCUGACUAUGGUGUGCAUUACACAAAAACAAGGCAGGAAUGGUUUUGUUUUCAGGUUGCUUCUUACUGAUUCGUUAAUUCUUGCCUUUUCACUUCCUGGAACUGGAUCUGUAGCCUGAUAGGUAUUUGAGAUCUGCUUCCGAAACCUCUUUCUUUACGGUGGAUGCCGUCACUGGUUUGGAAGGAAGCUUAUUCUUCUCCUGUUCCUUUGCAGGCUUCAAUAGCAUAAUCCUUGUGAUGGACUUCAAGAAUACAGCAGCCUUCAGUUAGCAGCUAUGAAUAAUCUUUCAUGGGGGGGAGAUUGUGUAGACCAUAUGCAGCCUAUUGAUUGUCAUUCCAGAAUUUUAAGGAAGAUGGACACUUCUGUUCUCAUAAGCUUAAUGCAAACUGCUUUAGUGGCAAUUGUAUGUGGGUGACUCAGAGCACCCUGCAUUCUAAUGAUGCUUUUUGAAGUUUAGUUUUGUGCCUCUGAGCCGGUUAGGUUUUCAGGCAGGUACCUGAGACUUCAACCCUGCAACAGUUCCUUCAUGGCAGUUUUAGAUCACUUUGAGUUCAGUGCUCUUGUUUUAUCACAUUGUUGGAAAUUUUAGAGAAAUACCAGACUUUGUGUAUGGUUUAUUUUUUUCUUUUUGCUGGUCAUACAUGGUGACUGGGUAACGAGGUGAUGCUACUACUCAAGAGAGAAUAAGUACAAUAUGAAAAGUGGCAGUGCAAGCCUUGCCAUACUGUUUCAUGACUGACUGCAGCCUGUUCUGAGGAAACUGCAUCUUGAGCUGGAAAGAGCAAUUAGGUUCUCUUCUGCCUCUUCAGUCCCUAGUAUAUCAACUGAGUCUUUUUGCAGACAUGACGGGAGGGCUGGUUAUGGAAACUAACUUGUAAUGUGAACCUUUAUAUUUAAGGAACUGAGCAAAACCAGUCAUUUCAUGUAACGAGUGGUUUUCCGUUAUAAAAAGAUGGCAACUUAUCUGAGCCAGCCUUGAAGUAGUGUGCAGCUGAAAGUGAUCAGAUCCAAAGCCUCUCUAACACUGUCCCACUCAGCCAUUUGACUGUUAAAGGGUAGAACAUCUACUUAGUCUGCCUUUGGACUAUUUCCCAAGGCUUCCUAUCACCUCGGCUAGUAAUCACGCAUUUUUUGCCUUAAGGAAAUACCCUAAAAUGCACUCCGAAACACCUUCCAUCUGUAACGAGAGAUUACUGAUUCAGGGUUUGUCUCUGGGAUCUGUAUUCAUUGAGGCAUUGUUGUGUGGCUA